AGGGAAGACGCCGGCCGAGUCGGACGUGCAGCUGCUGGACGUGGCCAGGAAGCUGGAGAUGUACGGGAUCCGCCCGCACCCCGCCAGCGACGGCGAGGGGACACAGAUCAACCUGGCCGUGACACACAUGGGGGUGCUGGUGCUGCGGGGCAAUACAAAGAUCAAUACCUUCAACUGGUCCAAAAUUCGCAAACUGAGUUUCAAGAGGAAGCAUUUUCUCAUCAAGCUCCACGCAAACAUCUCUGAGCUGUGCAAGGACACGCUGGAGUUCACUAUGGUGAGCAGGGACACCUGCAAGGCCUUCUGGAAGACAUGUGUGGAGUACCACGCCUUCUUCAGGCUCUCUGAAGAGCCCAAGUCAAAGCCCAAAACCCUUCUGUGCAGCAAAGGUUCCAGCUUCCGCUACAGUGGCAGGACUCAGCGGCAGCUGCUGGAGCACGGGAGGAAGGCAAAGAUGAAGAGCCUGCCCUUCGAGAGGAAACACUACACAUCCCGCUAUGAUGAGAGGCAGUGCCGCUCCUCCCCGGACCUCCUGACAGAUGUAUCAAAGCAGGUGGAAGAGCUGCGCCUGGCCUAUGGCAACCGUGGCUCCUACCACGCCAACGGAGUGCAUGGCUCCGAGCCCACCCUGGACAGCCGGCGCCACAGCUCCACCCUGGAGGUGACCUUUGCCGCUGAGCUGGAGCACUCCAAGCCCGAAGCAUCCCCCACCUUCCUGCCCCACUCCAAAAGCUCGUCUGCCUUCCCCCUGCUCUACGCCGAGCUGGAGAUGGAGCGGGCGUGGGAGCCCAUCGACCUCUUCGGAGCAAGGAAUCCCUUGACAUCCUUUCGGCCCCACCACCAGUUCGCUGGGAACAAUAAAAGCACCUCUGUGGGCAACAUGCGGGAAGUGAGCGCCCGGCCGCUGGUGUACACGGAUGUGCCCUGUCCCCUGCCCGUGGUGGCUCCGGCCCCCCCUGUGCUCUUCUACCUGGACAGGGCGCUGCAGUCCCCUGGCCCUGCGCUGGCCCCUGGCGAGGACACAGCAGCACUGGCUGAUGCAAGUGGCCCCGUGGCAGCAAAACCGCCCCAACAGAGCCCGAGCGGGACCCAGGCUGGGCAGUUCCAUCGUGAGGCUGCAGGCACGGCCAUGAGCACAAGCACGGUGGAGGAGAGCAGGUCGCUGGCUCGCUCCUUCGAUUACGGCCUUCAGGAGCAGCCUCCGAGGCGGUCCUGGAGCCAGUCGGACAUGAAAACCAUCCGCUUCCCCUACGGCUCUGAGUUCAGGCCCCUGGGGCCGUGCCCCACGCUGAGCAGCCGCAAAGGGGGUGUUUUUUGGCACGUCCCAGCCCAGCAAGGGCUGGCUCCGGGGCCACGGCACUCCACCGAGCGCUACCUGGGCAGCAGCACCGAGUCCAGCGACUCUGACUCGGAUCUGCUGGCCGCCGACUACUGCUCCCUGUACGGCCGCGUGCUGCGCUCGCCCAUGGCCCGCGUGCGGCUCUCCUCGGGCAGCCUCCAGCUGGAUGAGGAGGAUGAGGAGGUGUCCUUCGCCACCGGUGCUGCUGAAGAGAAGAUUUCCAGAGGGGCCUCCAAGUAUUUCACCUAGGUGCCUGACACCAGCCAGAGGCGGCAGAGGUGGCCAGUGCUGACCCAGGGUCAAAGAACGGUGACACUCUUUGUUUGCAGGUCUGCUUACAGCUUAUGAAACAUUGAUGGGAUUGUGUUGUGUGAGUGCUCUUAGCUAUAGAGGAUGUGUUAAUGGACAUCAGGGGCUGUGUUCAGAAGUAUUCAACCCUUGCACCACACUUGGAAGCUGGUUUGCCUUUGCCACCACACUUUGAUGGGGGGAGGUCUUCCCUCAGCCAGAGGCCAGGGAUUUCCUGAAGUCCUGCUAAGCCCCUAUGUCCUGCCCAGGCUGAUGCCUGGAGCUCAGCUGCUGGAGUCUUCAUUGAGGGGGAAGGAGAAAAAGAGACUUCUCACAGAAUAGUUUCAGCUGCCCCUUUUCCCAGCUGCAGGGAAACACACCGGAGGGAAGGGUGGUUCAGGCCCUUUUGGAAAGGACAAGAUCUCCAUGGGAGGCUGCUCCUGGAGCAGAUACCCUGUGGACAGGACAAAACCCCAGCACAGAUCUCAUCUCCUCCACCUGCCUCACCUCCCUCUAGUGCUGCAGGGAGCACCUGGCACUCAAAGACAAGGCUCUGUGUGUGCCUGUCUCCUCCCUGGCCAGUUUAGAGGAUUAUCCGUCUCCAGAAGUAUCUCAGUAGUGUUUGUCAAGCUUUUAGAAGCACCCCAUGGCGAGCACUGGGAAGUGGGCUCAUACUCUUUAACUGCUUUGCUUAGGCUCAUCUGGCAGCACCGUGACAGCCCCUACCUCAGUGCUCUGCUUCAAUCUGAGGGUGAGAGAUGUGUAAGGGGGUUCUUUGGGGUCCUUUGCUUCCCCAAACCUGUCCUCAAUGAAGCAGCAUGGAAAAAAGGUAGCAGGAGCAGGUAGGAAAGGAACAGGCAGCUUCUUGGAAGUAUUUUUAUUUUAAAAAACUUACUAUUACCCUAAACCUCCAUGAAAUCUACUUGGAAAUCUUGAGAAUGACACCUCCAUAAGAUUUUAGGGGGGCAUCUUGAUAAUUUUCUUUAAGAACAACCCUGUAAGUCUUUGUAGGACAUGACUGUAAUCAGAGGGUCAGCUCAGAAAAUCCACGGUGGAGAAACCACUGCAGCCUGCUAGAAGGAUUUCAGAAACAAGGAAGCUGGGACACAAAAACCCAGAUUAAAAUAUAGAAAGAACUGAGUUCAUGGGCCCUGCUCACUCUACAUGUUGCUGUCCUGUUUUAGAAGGUGGACAAUAAAAAGCAGUUGUUCACACUGGAA